CUUGAAGGAAGACGUGAUCACGUGUCUCGUGUGGUGGCGCCGAUUGCAACACUAAUUGCCAACGCCUCAACUUCCUUUAAGCCUCGUGGGGACUUCAAUAACGUCCAGUGCCUAGGCUACUGUUGGAGAGUAACGGAACAAAGGGAUGUCGCGUCGUCCAGGACUCGCUGGCUUCGAGGCACACACCCAAUCGCUUCAGUCAUUCGCAGCUCUUUCGAAUGCCCUGAACCAGACACAGAUUGAAGCCCUUCAUUCCCAGCUCUCUCAGUUCCGUUCUGCCCUUCAUAAAUUCGCAUCGGAGCAUCGUGAAACGAUACGCGCGGAUCCAGAAUUUCGCCGCUCCUUUCAGCAGAUGUGCGCCUCCAUCGGUGUGGAUCCUCUUGCUGGACCACGGAAGGGCGGGUGGUGGUCCGAGGCUCUCGGCCUAGGGGAUUGGCAACAUGAGCUCGGGGUGCAAAUCGUUGAUAUUUGUUUAAACACCCGCGAUCGAAAUGGGGGCAUCAUAUCGGUGUCUGAGCUUAUUCGUCUCCUUUCCAAACUUCGAGGCGUUCCUACGGAUGGAAAAGGCGGAAAGGUCAAGGGGAUGAUCACCGUUAAUGACAUAAAGCGAAGUAUAAAGACACUAGAGCCGCUGGGUAAAGGGUAUCAGAUUGUUGGCCCUCCUGACAAUCUCAUGGUGCAAUCCAUCAUCAAGGAAGUUGACGAUGACCAAACACAGGCUCUUGCUCUGGCCGUAAAACUUGGGGGCUCAUUUACUCGAGACGACAUGGAAUCACAACUAAACUGGACUCAAGCUCGGGCUGGUGCAUGCAUAGGGAAUAUGGUGUCGUCAGGGACAUGUUGGAUAGACGAGUAUGAUGGGAGAACAGCAUACUGGGUCCCUUCUGUUGUAGAAUGGGAUGAUUAAGAAUCAACCUUAAUUCUGCAUCAAGUAAUUUGCUCCGUUCAGGUCUCACAAAUGAGCAGAUGAAAAUGAAUCGCCACCAAAUACAUGCGUGAACUGUUUUAAAUGCCGAUAAGUAAUUAUGAAGCAGAAUGCAAAUGUCAUAU